GAAAAGGAGGAGGAGGAGCAGCAGCAGAAGCACGCGGUUCCCCCGCCCGGCCGCUGAGGCCGCAGCUCCCCCGGCUCCGGCAGCAUCGCCCCCCCGCAUCCCGAGGAUUUGCCAUCGCCAAGGCGCGGCCGGAUGGAGGACGAGGAGGCCGCGAGGAAGAGGGAGAUGGCCCGGGAGCCGCAGGCAGACAAGGAGCUGAGCACGGAGCCCAGGGAGGACAAAUGCCCGCGACAGAAGCUGGUGGGAGAGGCCGUUUUGAGUGGCUCCACGGCACAGGAAUGCAACGGGGAGGAAAAGCCCCGGAGAUCCUGCACGAGAAGGGGCUGCAAACGCAGCCCAGGGAGCUCUGAGGAGGAAGGACCCUUUCUGGGCCGGGAAGGCGGCCGGAGAUCCAGCCGGAGCUCGAAGCUGGGGGUCCAUGAGCAACUUCAAGAUGGGGAGAAGCCCAAGUGCUCGAAAUGUGGGAAGAGCUUCACCAGGAGAUCCUACCUGAUCUGCCACUGGAGAAUCCACAUGGGAGAAUGGCCCUAUGAGUGUGGGGAGUGUGGGAAGAGCUUCAGAGACAGCUCCAACCUGAUCCGCCACCAGCGGGUGCACGUGGGGGAACGGCCCUACGAGUGUGGGGAAUGUGAGAAGAGCUUCCGCCGCAGCUCCCACCUAAUCACCCACCAAAGAAUCCACACUGGGGAACGGCCCUAUUCCUGUGGGGAGUGUGGGAAGAGCUUCAGAGACAGCUCCAGCCUUAUGUACCACCAGACAAUCCACACUGGGGAACGGCCCUACGAGUGUGGGGAAUGUGGGAAGAGCUUCAGCCAAAGCUCCAGUCUGAUCCGCCACUGGAGAAUCCACACAGGGGACUGGCCCUACGAGUGUGGGGAGUGUGGGAAGAGCUGCAGAGACAGCUCCGACCUGAUUGACCACCAGAGGAUCCACACAGGAGAACGUCCUUACGAGUGUGGGGAGUGUGGGAAGAGCUUCAAGAGGAGCUCCCACUUGAUUGUCCACCAGAGAAUCUACACCGGGGAACGGCCCUACGAGUGUGGGGAGUGUGGGAAGCGCUUCAGCCGGAGCUCCCACUUGAUUGUCCACCAGAGGAUCCACACUGGGGAACUGCCCUACAAGUGCGGGGAGUGUGGGAAGGGGUAUCAGACCAGCUCCGAUCUCCUCGUGCACCAGCGUAUCCACACCGGGGAGAGGCCCUACGAGUGUGGGGAGUGUGGGAAGAGCUUCAGGCGUAGCUCCGACCUGACUGUCCACCAGAGAAUCCACACCGGGGAGAAGCCCUACGAGUGUGGGGAAUGUGGGAAGAGAUUCAGCAGCUGCUCCAACCUGAGCCGGCACCAGAGGAUCCACACGGGGGAGAGGCCCUAUGAGUGUGGGGAGUGUGGGAAGAGGUAUCAGACCAAAUCCGAUCUCGUCAUGCACCAGUGGACGCACACCGGGGAGAGGCCCUGUGAGUGUCCCGAGUGUGGGAAGAGGUUUCCAAGCCGCUCCACUCUCGUCGUGCACCAGCAGAGUCACACGGAGGAGAGGCCCUAUGAGUGUCCCGACUGCGGGAAGGGCUUCAAGCAGAAGUCUACCCUUGUUGUCCACCAGUACAUCCAUACCGGGAAGAGGCCCCACGAGUGUCCCGAGUGUGGGAAGUGCUUCAGGGAGAGAUCCCGCCUGAUCCAGCACCAGAGGAUCCACACCGGGGAGAAGCCCUAUGAGUGUGAGAAGUGCAGGAAGAGGUUUCACACCAGCUCCCAUCUCCGCUUCCACCAGCGGACGCACACUGGGGAACGGCCCUAUGAGUGUCCCGAGUGUGGGAAGAGGAUUCAGACCAGCUCCGAUGUCCUUGUGCACCAGCGGAUUCACAGAGAGGAGAGGCCCUUCCGCUGCCCCGACUGCGGGAAGGGCUUCAAACGCAACUCCACCCUCGUCAAGCACCAGCGCAUCCACACAGGGGAGAGGCCCUAUGAGUGUCCCGAGUGUGGGAAGAGCUUCAUCCAGGGCUCCAGCCUGAUUGUCCACCAGAGGAUCCACACAGGGGAGAGGCCUUACAAGUGUGGGGAGUGUGGGAAGAGCUUCAGCCAGAGCUCCAGCCUGAUCGGCCACCAGAGGAUUCACAGCGGGGAGAGGCCCUACGAGUGUCCCGAGUGUGGGAAGAGGUUUCCAAGGAACUCCAAUCUCCUUGGCCACCAGCGGACGCACACCGGGGAGAGGCCCUAUGAGUGUUCCGAGUGUGGGAAGAGGUUUCAGACCAGCUCCCAUCUCCUCCUGCACCAGCGCAUUCACACGGAGGAGAGGCCCUUCCGCUGCCCCGACUGCAAGAAGGGCUUCAAGCACAGAUCCACCCUUGUCACCCACCGGCGCAUCCACACCAGGGAGAGGCCCCACGAGUGUCCCAAGUGCGGGAAGAGGUUUCAGACCAGCUCCAAUCUCCUCAGACACCAGAGCAUUCACACGGAUGAGAGGCCCUUCUGCUGCCCCGACUGUGGGAAGGGCUUCAAGCAAAAGUCCUACCUCAUCACCCACCGGCGCAUCCACACUGGGGAGAGGCCCCACGAGUGUGGGGAGUGUGGGAAGAGCUUCUGGGAGAGAUCCGACCUGAUCCAGCACCAGAGGAUCCACACCGGGGAGAGGCCCUAUGAGUGUCCCGAGUGUGGGAAGAGCUUCUCCAGGAGCUCUCACUUGAGCCGACACCAACGGAGGCACCGCUGAGGGCAGCCCUGCGAGUGCCCCAAGUGCAGGAAGAGCUUCGUGCGCUGCUCCAACCCCAUCCCCUGCGGGAGAGUCCGUGUUGGAUGAUCCCCAGUGACCCCCGUUGGGCAGAGCCCCAGAGAUCCGUGGUGCUGGUGAUCCAACCUAAAUCCAUCGUUUUCAUUCUCUCCGGCCCACGGGCGUCUUUCACAGCCAUAUGGGGAUUAACUGUGGCAAACCCCAUGAUUUUGAGACAAUGGCGUGGAAACCCUUCCAAAAAGGGUUCUUCCCACCCACCCAGGCACGUGGAUGCUCAGCUGGCACAGACAGGGAAAUGCUUUUGGUUUGGCCUUGAUUUUCUUUUGUUUUCUGUUCAUCCGUUCGAAACACCUGAAAUUGGGGUAAAAAUAAAGAUGUUGAACUAA